CACAUAUGGCCUGUAUUGGCAACUUGUUACUUUAAUUUCGUAAGUUUUUAAAAUUCCGCACUGUGUUUGCAGUUGUAGGGUAUCUCCAAAACAAAUAGUGCAACAAUAUACUGGUCCACACUUGGGACAGCUUUUACAUACUCGACUGAAAUGGGUCAUGUGAUCAUCACGGCUCUCAGUCUGGCCUGGGUCUUGCUGACAAUACUCGCUACACUCGCUGUAUUUUCUGCUGUUCUUACACCAAAGUGGCUUCUGGGAGCCUACCCUCUUGAAGUCGAGAAUGGUACCAUAGUUCCUACUGUGGGUAUUUUCAACCGUUGUACCCGCAUCAAGGGGCAGAACAACUGUGCAGUGUUUGCCAUGGAUGGUCUGGCCACAGACAGCUCAGUCUUCCCUUCGUUUUGGAAGGUUUCAUUAGUGUUGUUUGCACUGGGAUUGGUUGUGAUGGUGCUGACGACUAUGGCUGCUCUCGUCAGCUGUUGUGUCCAGAGCAUCAACCGCAAGAGCAUCUUCACACUCACAGGCACUGUGCAGGCAACAGCUGGUCUUUUCUACAUCCUGGGUCUGGUGUUGUACGCUGCGGGGUGGGGCAGCGCUAGGGUGAUCAAACUCUGCGGACGAGAUGCUGGACCCUUCACCAUAGGCGAUUGUUCUUUUGGUUGGGCAAUGUACAUUGGAGUGAUCGGAAUCUGCUUGACAUUCCUGACUGCAUGUCUAUCCGUCUGUGCUGAAAAGACGACGUCCAGUGACAAGGUCAGCCGCAAGGUGGAGCGAGGAGAAACUCUGGUGUGUCUUCUCUGAGUUAAGCCACGCCAGGAACUUAUUGUUGGCCGGCAGAUCAUGUGUGUUGGCCAGCUUGAGGCCGAGACGGGCUGCCAGGGGUACCAACUGUCUCGUGAUAUCCCGCAGUCCCCAUUCAGCAUUCUGUGUACGCAAUGAACGGUCAAAGUUUACGUUGCUCUCCGGUGUAAUGUUGCCGUCCACAGCAAAGGGCCCAUACAUGAACAAGUAUCCAUUUGGCUUUAGAAGAUAUGAAGCUCCCUCAAAUAAUCCUGAAACCAACAACAUACAUAUGUAAUAUUUUAUAUGAUUUUUGUAGUUUUUUUUUAAGAAAUUUUUAACAUCUCAAAUUGAACAUUCCAGAGCGUGUGUAGAUUCAUUUUAAUUUCUAACGUGGCUGUUUCAUAAGAUCUAUUUUUAUUUACUGGUAAUUUAACACAAAUAAUCCACAAGAAAGAAAUAAACAAAUAAAUAAGAAGUAAAAUUUUCAACAUUCAAUUUCAGACAAUUUUAAUAAAACAAUUUGUGAACUAUCCUUCUAUUAGUUAAGCACUUAAUGUAGGAAAAAUUAUAUAUAAAUAAUUUUACCAUUGAACACAUUGUGACAUUUGUUAACUCAUUCUGCAUAAUAAUACCAAGUAUGAGAAACAUUAUAACAAUAAACGGCAGUUUUAUUCUCAGUUUUCUAAAAACAUGAAACAAUGCCACAAGUAGGUCUAUCAAGUUAAUUUUCAAGUAAUAAGUAUGUCAACAAGUAAUUUAAAAAAGUAAGAGGUACAUUGUGUGGCUUAUGGAAGUUUAUAGUAAUUAAUUAAAUAUGUAUUUACAAAGUUGCUAUAUUUACAAAGUUAUAGUCUCAAAAAAUGUCUAUUUAAAAACAUACUUUGCCAUGCUCAUUCCAAGGCAAGCUCUACUACACCUUGAGCAGAUAUACAUGAUACAUAUAUACCACUAGCAGUCUUAUUGAAAUCUAUAAAAUUCUUUUUUUAGAUAUUUUAUAAUAUUUCCCUAAUAUAGGUUUACAUGUUUAAUUUGACUUCCAGGUAAAAUGGUAGAGCCUAAAGGUCUGGUCCGAUCCCAACCAACAGAUGCAAUCAAUGGUUAGAUAGGUAUUGAAAAACAAAACAAAAUUUAAGGUCCAAAUAGUGAACAAGUAAAAUUAAAGCAAAUCAAAUUACUGAAUAUCUAAUGUGCUGAAUUUUCCUUUAAUUUUAAUACUAUACAAUGUAAAUGCGUUACAAACUAAAAAGAACUUAGCAGCAAAAUUUUGCCACAUGGUACUUCUUGCACAGAUUGCUGAAGGCCAUAUAUUGCCGCAUGGUCCUCAAAGGGUGAAUAUAAUAACAAGAUUUUAUUUUACUGUUUCCAACUUUUUACAAAAAUUAUAUAUUAGUGGUAUUAUUGAACAAAGUCUUAUUUGAAAUAACACGAUAAUUAUCUUAUGAUGUACACUAUUAUAUAGACACAUAUAACAUUAUUAGGCAAUAAGGUUUUCAAAUUUAUUAUUAUGAAUCAAUUGUAUUUAGUUUCAACAACAUUUCUUUCAGUGCUAAUUUUGCUCUGCUCUCUCUUUUGGGAUUACGAUGUGUAUGAAGUACUGUUCUGGAGAUUGUAAGAAGUUUGUAACCAAAAGUAAAUUAAGUUCGAGUGGUUUACUUCAUAAAUUUGACAACAUUGAUGCGAAAUAUUAUUUACAUCAUAUUCACUGAGGGAUACACAAUUUAUAUAAUACUAACUAAAUUGAUAUAUCCUAUUCAUGAGCUUUUUCCUUGUGUUAUACUCUUUCAAAUGAUCAUAUAACGAUAGCAAUGUUCGAAAUCCAAUUACCUAUUUAGGAGGCUAUAUAAUUUAUUGGUCAAUGGUCAUAUUAGUAAAAUAACAACUUUAUGUCCUUACUUGCUUCAAUGUUUGGUGUACUUAAUUAAACUUCUGUCCUAUCCUUUUUUAUUAAAUAUUUUUUAACAGAGUAGAGAAUAUGCAACCUAAAUGUACUUAAAUAUGUUAUAUUUAAAAUGUAUAUGUCUCUAUUUCAUCAACGAAAUUACCAAGUUCAAUCAAUAGGUCACUUAUACGCUUAGUAAAAGUUUGAUAUAAUUAUUGAAAUAAAUACCUUAUAAUACAAACUUUUAAGAAAGAAAAUAUUUGUAUCUACUUUUAGUACAAACUUUAUUUUACAAGACUAUUGAUCAUUGAUCAUUUUAAAUGCAUUCUCAGGACAUAAAAUAAGUCAUCAUCAAGAGUUGAUUGAUUGACUGAUCAGGUAUUCAGUCUCCUUAUUUGUAUCAAUGCUAUGUACACUAGAUUCAAUACUGCUAUAUUACUUAUCUUUUCCGAGCUAGAAGCAAACAGAAAACUAAUUAACAUGAUUUCAGGAAAAAAAAAACAUUUUUAGUGACUCCCGACUCCCCCCCCCCCCUUAACUUAGUAUUAUAACCUAAAUUACAAAAUCACCUGAAAUUCAACGUACUACACAACUUACAAGUGCCUAUCGUAAAGUAUUUGAAAUAAGACAUACAGUAAAGAUAUGUUUACACUGGUAUUAGGGAUCAUUGAUAACAUUUACAUAAAACAUUUACAUUUACAUUGAUAACAUAUGUUGAAUUAAAAUUUGCUAACAAAACAAAUCUUUGAUUUUAAAAUUAAAAUACUAGCACACCAAUUUACCUCCAAUUCAAUUGUCAAGCUUAACUGUCUAAUAAAUAACCAAUAUAAAUAUCCCCAUAAAUGUCCCAGAAAUAUCCAUACAUCAAUGAUAUUUUUAAAUUGUAUGACAUGAAGUGUUUGAAAGUGAAAAGGGCAGAAAAGUUUCCCCAAAAAUUGAUUUUUAAUUGGAGUUAACAUAAUUGUGUAAUAAAUUGCAUUAAAGUGUCCUCUAGCAAUGUUUACAAUAAAAACAUUUUUAACAAAAUAAAUCUGAAUAGUACAUAUUCUUACUUUUUUCUUUUCUGCUUGUUUGUGGUAUAAUAUAAAAUUAUGAUUGGCAAUAAUAAUCCAUAGUUUCCACAGAAUUAAUCUUUAGCUUAACUUGUGUAUGUAUACAUUUUAAAUAUCACUGUUGAUUUGUUUUAAUUUCAUGGAAAACUUUAUUGUUUUUUUUUUAACAAUGCAACAAUAAUAUUGGAGCAUUAUUUAAUAUUUUUUGUACUUACCAAUUCUUUUUGUGAAAAGCUCACAAGUGCUUGGAAUAUAAACAUGACUGCUUAGUGUUUUUGUUCUGAGUAUAAAUUUAUUCCAAAGGGUCCAAAUCAAUACGCUUGAAUAUAUAUUUUUUUACUGAGUAGCUUUGUUAGCUAGCUUUAUUAGAAGUAUGGUAGCUAAAUGCCUUUACAUUUUUUAAACUAUGUUAAAAUAAAUUUGAUACUUAUUUAGAAUUUAAGUGAUGAUAUAGUUAUACGAUUUGUGUUCAUAUUUGUGUAUAAUUUAUGAUUAGCAAAGCUAUUAUUGUAAAUAAAAAUGUUUCAUGCACAA